AAAGGGGAUCGGAUCCACGCUCGGCCAAAGGAUCUUGACUGGGGGAACUCAAGUUCAUAAUAACCUCCACGGCUCGUCGUGUGGUUGCGAGGCGGCAGCGUGACAACCGUAUUUCUUCUUCCGCCCAUCAUCAUCGUCGUUGUCAUCAUCUCAUCUCAUCUCAUCUCAUCUCAUCUCAUCCCCCCUGAACGCCCUCGCGCGCGCGCGCGCACAAACAUCACCCGCGAUGCGCUCCCUCGCCGUGUUGACGACGGCCGCCGCCGUCGCCGCGGCGGCGUCAUCGGGCAACGUCCAGGGCGUCUUUGAGCUCACCCCGUCGCUCACGCCCCUCGAGGCCGACGCCGGCUCGCCGGACCUGUUCCCGAUGCCGCUCUGCAAGGGCUUCAAGCUGGAGGAGGCGACCAUCGACGACAUGCAAAAGGCCAUGGCGCAGGGCAACCUCACGUCCGUCGACCUGGUCCACUGCUACAUGGUGCGCACCUUUCAGACGCAGCAGUACAUCAAGUAAGUUGAAGCCAGUUGAAUCGUCCGGUGUGGUUGCCUCACUGUCUUUGUACAAUGCAACUACAUAAAAGGGGGAGACAUCAUGUAAGAAACCGCAAGAGAGCCUUGGGUUGACGACGAUCGCCUCUGCGCGCGACCCAGCUCCGUCAUGGAAAUCAACCCCGACGCCCUCGCCAUCGCCUCGCAGCGCGACGCCGAGCGCAAGGCCGGCAAGGUGCGCGGGCCACUGCACGGCAUCCCCUUCACCGUCAAGGACAACAUCGGCACCGCCGACAACAUGCAGACCACGGCGGGCAGCUGGGCCCUGCUCGGCAGCCGCGUCCCGCGCGACGCCCACGUCGUCGCCAGGCUGCGCGACGCCGGCGCCGUGCUCUUCGGCAAGGCCACGCUCAGCGAGUGGGCCGACAUGCGCUCCAACAACUACAGCGAGGGCUACUCGGCCCGCGGCGGCAACUGCAGGAGCGCGUAUAACCUCACCGUCAACCCCGGCGGCAGCUCCUCCGGCAGCGGCGUCGGCGUGGGCGCCAAUGCCAUUGCCUUUUCGCUGGGCACCGAGACUGACGGCAGCGUAAUCAACCCGGCCAUGCGCAACUCCAUCGUCGGCUUCAAGCCCACCGUCGGCCUCACCAGCCGCGGCGGCGUCGUCCCCGAGACGGAGCACCAGGACUCGGUCGGCACCUUUGGCCGCACCGUCCGCGACGCCGUCUACGCCUUCGACGCCAUCUGGGGCGUCGACCCGCACGACAACUACACGUCGGCCCAGGAGGGCCACACGCCCAAGCCCGGCUGCGGCGGCUACGCCAGGUUCCUCGCGCAGAAGACGGCCCUGCGCAACGCCACCUUUGGCGUCCCCUGGAACAGCUUCUGGGUGCACGCCGGCGACGAGCAGCGCCGCGUGCUCGGCGAGCUCGUGGAGCUCAUCAGGUCGGCCGGCGCCACCGUCGUCAACGAGACGGAAAUCACAAACUACCAGACCCUUGUCAGCCCUGAGGGCUGGAACUGGGACUACGGCACCGCCCGCGGGUUCCCCAACGAGUCCGAAUAUACAUACGUCAAGGUGGACUUUUACAACAACAUCAAGAAGUACCUCUCCGAGGUCAACAACACGCGCGUCCGCGACCUCGAGGACAUUGUCCAGUUCAACAAGGACAACGCGGGCAGCGAGGGCGGCUACCCCAUGCCCGACGGCCACCCGGCGUUCUGGUCGGGCCAGGACGGCUUCCUCGCGUCGCUCGCGACCAAGGGCGUGCAGAACGAGACCUACUUCCAGGCCCUCGAGUUUUGCCAGGGCUCGACCCGCAGGGGAAUCAACGACGCGCUCAACCACAAGGGCCGCAGGCUCAACGGCCUGCUCGUCCCCGUCGACCCGGGCCAGAGCUACCAGAUCGCCGCCCAGGCCGGCUACCCGCUCGUCACGAUCCCCGCCGGCAUCCACUCCGACUCGGGCAUGGGCUUCGGCCUCGGCAUCAUGCAGACGGCGUGGGCCGAGGCGGAGCUGGUGCGCUGGGCGAGCGCCAUUGAGCACCUCCAGCACACGUCGGGCACGCCGCACAAGAGGACGCGCCCGACGUGGCGCGGCUACCUGGUCAGGAACCUCCCGGUUCCCCUGUGAGAGGUCCAGAAGAAAAACAAAAACAAAAACAGAAGAACAUAGCUUUUUAUACGUAAUUCAUAG